GAAUGCAGCACCCAGUUGCUACGCAACAACCCGUAAACAUUGAAGAGCUGUAGUGUAAUGUGAUUUAUUUAUUUUGACAUAUACGCAUUUUGCGUUCCCAGUUGUGGCUGAUUUGUAGCUUCUGUGCUAACGCAGUCAUGCUUUCCAGCAAGGAAACCUCCAACCUAAGCGCCGGUUACCAUGAUAAAACCCCAAUUUACAUCGAUGAGGAGAUUCUGCAGGAAGCCGUCCUGGAGCAAGGUCUCCAAGAUCAAGCUGAACUCAUUGCUAAGCAGGAGGGAAUCCUCUUUAAAGAGGCCCCCAGAUUGAGUCUGGAAUACAGAAACAUUCAGAAGAUUGACCACUUGUGGGAGUUCUCGGCGUUAACCAAGUUAAAUCUCAACAACAACUUCAUCAAGAAGAUCGAAGGAUUGGACCAUCUGGUUAACCUGACGUGGCUCAAUCUGUCAUUUAACAAAAUCAAGAAAAUUGAAGGUCUGGAUGGUCUUGUGAAGAUGGAAGUGCUGAAUUUGUCCAACAACCACAUUACUCUCAUCGAAAACAUGGACAACCUCGUGGAACUAACUGUUUUCUCCAUUGCAAACAACAAACUGCAUCAACUGAACAAUGUGGUCUAUCUGCGAAAGUUCAAGAAGCUCUUCACCCUCAAUAUAGAUGGAAAUCCGAUCCCAGAGGAGAACAAUGAAGAAAAGUACACCCUUUUCCUCGCGGCCUAUUUUCAGCAAUUGAAGUUCCUGAACAACGUUUUUCUCAACGAGGAUAUUAGGAACAGGGCGUCGGCCAAGUACAACCUUGACAUUGAGGAGAUGAACCAGGAGGAGUUACAUGCCCAACAAGCAGCGAAGGAAAAACGAAAACAGGAAGCUAUACUACAAAUGCACGAGGAUUCUUUUGUGGAGCAGUUGAAUGGAGAUUAUCUGUACAAAAACAUUAUCCAAAAUGAUACAGAGUUAAAAAAACUACAAUGCCUGCCGGGAGUGGACGAGUUGCUGGAGGCAUUCGAGCAGCAACUGGUUGACCUGUGCAACCAGCUCUUUGAAGUGGGCCUAGCCGAGUACAAGCGAAGAGACGCCGAGGUCGCCUCAUUCUUUGCUCGACUUGACGUAGACGUGACGGACAGCCAAAGCAGAGCCUCCAAAGUGUUGGCUGAUUUUCAGACGGAACAGAAGCAGAGAACAUUGGACUUACAACAGGCAGCGAAGGAUGAAAAGAAGAGCAAGAUGGACAUCUGGUUGGAAGAAAUCAAUGUUUUGUGUUACAACCUAAUGACGGUGGAGUUUCAACUCUACAGCUACCUGGAGGAAACGAUCCGAAAGUUUGACAACAACAUCUCCGAGAUGACCGGCAGUUUCAGCGAAACGGCUCAAGGCAUAUUCGUCCAGUGUCGAGAGCUGGAGGACAGCCAUCAUCAGAAGGUAACGCAAAUUGCCGUCACCACACUGGAGGUGGUGGCGAAGGGAGAAGCCGAAGAUGAUUUGCCCGAUGAUGUCCGAAUGCUGUUCUUGGACAAAAACACAGUGAUGGACACGCUGGCUGCCAGCCACGACAACCAUCUGCAGACUAUCAAUGACAGGGAGACGCAGUUGGUCACGCGAGCCGAGGCCUGGAAAGUGGCCCUCAUCAAAGGGAUUGAAGACACGGAACUGAAGAGGAACCGAAUGCGCAUCGCAGAUAUUCACAGACACGCCGACUAUUUGAGGGAACAGCUGAAAAAAUUGAUGUAGUGCAAACGCGGUGGGCUUGAAAGAAGGGGAUUACAUUGUGCCCAAAUAUGUAUUUGCUCCAUGAAAACCACUAUAUUGGCUGACGUAUUCCUUGGGUCUUUUUUUCCCUUUGCAAUGUUGUGAUAGUAAAAUUCUCACUUGAUUUGUUUCUUUA